UGAACUUACAAUUGGAAUUGAUGACACUCAAACACCACCCACGUUUUCCGUGAUUGUCCCAAACAGCAGUUCUCGAUUCGUCUUGCCUCCCACUAAUGAUGAUAGUUCAUUGCCUCCUGAGAAUUCGGGAGAAUCUUUGCUCCCUGUGGGUUCUGGUGCAACAAUUCUUAAUAAUAAUGAUGAUACUUUCUCUUCUACGGAACCUGAUGUAAUGGAUCAUUUAGAUUCAAGUUCUAUUGCAAUUGGCUUUAACAAUAGUUCCCGCCCCAUUUCUUUACCUUCUACAAGACGUUCAACAUCAUCCAUGCAUAGAAUUCCGUGUAAUUAUGAUAAUUGUGGAAGAACAUUCCGAUCUCAAGGUGAAUGGCAAGAGCACCAAUACCAACAUUAUGGAGAAAGUCGUAAGUCAAAACAUUCAUGUGUUUUUUUCUGGAGUGUAAAAGUUUUGGGACCAUUUACUCAAGCAGAAGUAACCUCAGACGUCAUUAUAGACAUUAUCAUUCUAACCAAUCUCAUCCUUUAUUUGGGACCAUUUACUCAAGCAGAA